AUGCAACGCCCACGCUCGGAAGGAAGGCGAUCCAACUCGAACUCCCAGAAUCAAUCAUCACUUGUAGCACGUUCGCUUCAAUUUGGGGCUAACGCGCAAGACAGCCAGCCACGUCGGCCUAACACUACUCCGAAGCCGCGCAUCCAGCGACUCCUGCCCAGUCCUGGUCACAAUGGGGCUCAAGAGCGAAGUGCUUCGAGGCAAUCGAUGGCACAACCUCCAUCGACACUGACUCGCUUACCCGACUCACCGCCACGUUUGAGCCCCAUCGAGGAUACAGAUACAUCGACAGAGGAUAGUCUUCCUCGGAGCAGCGACGUCAUUAGCGCUUCCUCAACUGUAGGAGCAACUAUAAGCCACGAGGGAGUAGAUGCAGACGCCCCUCACAGUCUAAGAGAUAACCUUGACACCCUUGAAGAUGGCGACAAUCUUUCGAGCACAAACAAUGCUAGCGCCUCGAACUCAGCAGAGCUGGAACGGGAACAAAGUAGCGACGCAAAAAAACACGAUCCAGAGGAGAUUGAGGAUGAAUCCUCUGACGUAGCUGGGCCUCUUUUGAUCAAUAUUGAAGCAAAUCUGGACGACGACGAUGACGCAUACAAACACGCCUUGGCAAACAGAAAGCAAUUGCUGAGCGACGAGGCAAACCGACAACGUAUUCGCAAAGAACUCGAGUCGUAUGUGAGUUCACUCUGUUCGCUUACAGACGAAGAUGGCGAGCACCUGGUUGAAUACCCAAAGAAUUACCAGCAAAUUGUGUCUCUUAUGACCCAAAAAGAUGUCAGCGAGGAAGAAUCAACGUCCCAGGAGGGGAAACACACACGGCAGAGCUGGUCACGCGUCCUCAUCGAAGCAGGCUUGUCCAAACAGCAAGCAUUUGGAAUCAUUGAAGACGUAGACCCAGAAGGGAAGAGCAGCUUAGCAGCCAAGAUUGCGCUUAAGAUGGCCCGCAUUCGUCAGUUGGACACUAUUCUGGAGGAGAAAUUGGGUAAUAACCUUUACUCAAAUGUCGUACCUAGGAAGCAGAAGAAGGCGAAAUCUCCAUCGCAAUCCAAAGAUACUGCCAGCAGUUCGUCAAACCGAACAUUUGUGACCCAGACACAGAGUAUUCAGCCAAGCACUGUGUCCAAUGGAGGUGAAACUAGUCGCAGUAGCACUAGCAACAAACACUCAAACGACGAUGAAGUCUCAACUGGAGCCAAGAAAAGCCACAAUUUCAUUGAACGUAACAAGCAGGUGGUGGCCAACGGCAUGAAGGCCAACAUGACGAAAGAAGAAGAGGAGAGACUGGAGAAACUGCUGCGUGACGAGACAAUUGACUCUCCUAAUGAAGAUAACGGCAGACCAGAAGUUACUACGCCACCUCAGCAAUGCAACGAGUUCACAAUGACUGAGGAGGAAAAGAAAGCAAUCGAAGAGCUCAUUGCGACUAAUAGCAGUGCGUAUCCACUAAUUGGUAUCGAUGAGUUACAAGAAGGACCAGUGGAUGAAGCUUUACGGUCAACUGGAGGCACUAGUCACCCUGUUAAAGAGAAUAUCAUUCAAGAGACGAAGCGAGAGCGACUGCAGAGACAGCGACUCAGUCGAGUGGAACAGGAGCUCCGUUUACUCCAUGAAUGUCCGUCGGUUGUUAUCGUAGGAGACGAUCGCGACGAAGACGAACACGCCGACUGCCGCAGCGAAAUUUCGUUCGCUACAGUCGCAUCGUCGACAUGUUCCACUCGCUCCGGUAUCAUUUCACGACACGAUUUCAAGUGCUUCCUGGCUCAGCAAAAAGAAAAUUAUCGCUCUACCCCCACUGCAAGUGCCGAUGAUAUCCGGCAGCUUCUUUUAUCCAUUAACACUGGGACUUCUGUGCCUUCCAACACUGUCACCGCAACAACAGUCUAACCAGGAGCCCACAUAGUGUCUAGCUCACCAGCAGUGCAUACAAUUCAAGUUCAUUCUUUAAUGUCGUCAUUAAAGA